AUGAACGUCUGGUGCCCCAGGCAAUGGUGUGUCGAGCUUCGAAUACCGAACCCCGAGUUCCUGGUUGACAUCCUGGCGGGAAACGUGCAGCCAGUGAGGUCGGUACCGCUGCGACGGAAGCUCACGAAGAGCAUGGAAAGUUCCACGGACGCCGAGGGAGCCCCUUCCUUCCUUCCCCUCCCCUCCAACCCCCGGUGCAUCUGGUGGCCGGAUCGCGAGUUCAGUGGUUCGAGUGCCAGUUACUACUACUAUUACUAUUACUACCACUACUACUACUACUACUACUACUACUACUACUACUACUACUACUACUACUACUACUACUACUACUACUACUACUACUACUACUACUACUACUACUAAGUAUUACCACUAAUAACCCAGUGAGAAUUGCUUGGUAUGUAUUUGCCUACAUACAAGCCUCGGAGAACAGACACCGUUUGGUACAUUCGGAGAAUCUUGAGAAUUUCUUCGGUGCAGGCUUUCGUUCAUCCCUUCCUUUUAGCCUUCGGUCAGCCUGAGAGUCGUAAAAAAUGCCUCUGCUAAUAGUCUCAGAGACUGCAUUCCUCUCUUAUGCAGUUCCUUCCACAGGGUGACGUUUUAGGCAGGAAUCUACAAGUAGUUCGAUGGUAGUGAGACAUUUCUACCGAAUGUUCCGUGCGAGUACCUAUACUAGAGCAAUACAUCCAUCAUAGGAUGACCAUAGGGGGAUCGGGGGGAGAGGGAGGGGGUGGUUGAUCGGCUUUCAGAGUUGCGGAAUCUGG